AUGGCUCCCACUACUCUCCGAAAUCCAGAGGACACUCUCACCGGCGAAUCGUCCUUCGACGUCCUACCUCCGCUCACUGCUUUCCACCCUCCUUUCAACGCGAAACUCCGCUUGCCUCGCAGCAAUAGUCGCCGACCUGCUACCUCAGUCAACCCCGACACAGCCGCGUGGUUCGCCUCCUUACCCUCUGCUAUACGGCGCAAGCACUUCUCCAAAGAGGAGCAGGUCCUGCUUGCCAACGAACGUCAGACCGUCAUCCUUGACGCAGCUGAUGAGCUACUGCAGAGGCAGGUCGCACCUCUAGAUAGCGCCUCUCUCACUCUGCGACCGCACACUUCAUAUUCGGACGCUUGCUCGGAACGGUAUUUCUCCUUCGACGACUUCGAUUCUGAACGUGAUCCUGCAAACGACUGGUCGCCACAAGAAAGUGACGUUGAAGAGAUGGAACCCAAGCAGCUAGUGGACAGCCUCAGCUGGCUCGAUGAGGGAGAUGAACUCGACCUGCGGCUUGAUGACUAUCAUACCGCCAUCGCUGAAACAAAUCAGCGACAAGCAGCUGCACCUCACCGCCAGUCCUAUCGACGGACUCUAUCCCUGAGUAACAUGUCUCUCCGACGAAGCUCUAUCUCGUCGCCCACCAAAUCGGUGACCCGCGGGUCCACACCGCCUGUGCCCCCCAAACCCGCACAAGCUCCUGCUACGCCUAACCGACAGUCAAUGCAACAUGGCACGAAAUCGUCAGUCUCAAGCAUCGACCCAAGAGCUACACAUUAUCAAGACCCUGCGGCACGGAUGAAGCUACGGGUAUACCUUGCCAGUCCAUCAAAGUUCGAUGAGGCCGUCGAGUUCGGUUUUCCCUCUAUGCAGGACAAGCUCAGCAAAGCCUCAGAGCGGCCCAAAACAAGCCCACGCACAACCAACGACUCAGGGCGGAGUUUCUCACCCGAUGACACCCCCUCGCUCGCUGGAGAUGAUGGCUCUUCACAGGGCGACGCUUUUCCAGACCCGAGAACUCCUGAUGACAGCGAGUUCCGGGAAAUCCGACGUUCCCAGAAGAGCAGUGUUGACCGUACCUCUGUCAAGCCACAAGUCGUGCGCCACGAGCCUUAUGCCCACUCCACCACCUUUGAUCGUGAGAUGACCAUUCAUAUGACUCUCACUCGGCCUGAUCUACGCUCGCCAUCCGACUAUCGUCCAUCUUCACGACAUAUCAAUGCACAACCACUCGAGCAACCACCAUUACCGCCCCUUGACAACCCUGCAGCGGUUUGGAAUGAGCUACCAGCGCCUCGUCCGUCCAGAGUGAAGAACCUCUGGAGAAGGUUGAAGAUGGCUUGA